AUGCAGACAAUGAAGAGCGAUGAUCUAAUUGAUAUGGAAGAAACGACCGAGGAUGAAGAUGGUAGUGCUUGCAAGAAUUUUAACAGUACUAUACUUGAAACGGAUGACGCAAUGGGAACAAAUUCUGAUAGCAACCAGAAUGACGAUGGUAUGAUGGAUUUUGAAUGUAAUACAAACCCGGAAGUUUGUAUAAUAUCGAUCGGUAUGGAUAUUAUGUUUACAAAUUAG